AUAACAAAAUAAUUACAUCUUUGGUUCACGCUAUAAAUACGGUUUGUACAAUUAAUACAGCGCCAUUCUUUCGAAAGUUUCAAUUCGAAGAUGAAGCUGCUGUUGUUGGUCUCUCUUGCUGUUGUGGCCUCAGCUCAUGCUAGGGCAGUGGCCGAGCCUGAACAUGACUACAUGUAUUUUCCGGAUGGGAAAGGGGAGCUUCAUCUGAUCGACUUGAAGGCGAAACCGGAGGAUCUGUCCUCUGAUGUUACACGCAACGUUAAUACCAUCACCUUCAAUCUGUACACACGGAACAAUCCAGGAACCGCCCAAAUCUUGACUCUCAACUCAAUAGCCUCUGUAACCGGCAGUAACUUCCUCAGUUCUCGCCCGACCAGAUUUGUUACUCACGGAUGGAACUCUAAUCAGAGAUCAGACGCCUGCGUUGUUAUACGAGAUGCCUACCUGACCGCCGGAGACUACAAUGUAAUCGUUGUGGACUGGAGCAGCAUCGCAGGUACUGCGUACAAUACUGCUUCAGGUAGUGUUGGAAGCGUCGGUGGAAGAAUAUCGGCGUUUUUGGACUUCCUCAACAGAAGUGCUGGUCUCAACUUUGGCACCACAAAACUAAUCGGCCACUCUCUUGGCGGUCACAUCGUCGGUAUUGCUGCUCAGGGUGCCAGCGGAAACAUCCAAGCUGUUAUCGCUCUUGAUCCAGCUCUACCUGGAUUUAACAACGCCGGCGCUGGUAGCGGAAUUCAUGAGAGUGAUGCUGACCACGUUCAGGUGAUUCACACCAAUGCUGGUUUUCUGGGGCUCUCCAGGGCUGCCGGCGACAGCGACUUCUAUCCCAACGGAGGCAGAAGUCAACCAGGAUGUGGCCUCGACUUGUUCGGAGCCUGCGCUCACUCUCGCGCUUAUUACUUCUUCGCCGAGUCUAUUCUGAACCCGACUGGUUUCCCAGCUACCGUAACCCGGUCUCAGGAUCUUGAAGCUUUCAUCUUCAAGUCCACGGUGUUUAUGGGUGGCCGAACUCUCAGUACACACGCCAGAGGUAGCUUCACUCUCACCACUGCCAGCAGCUCUCCAUUUGCACUAGGCUAGAUGAAAUUUUACAAAUCGGUGGUUACCACAUUCUGUUGAAUUGGAAUUUUCGAUUGUACAUUUUUGAAACCUAAUAAACGCAAAACCUGUACU